UUUUUAAAAGGAAUGUGGCAAUAUCGUAGAGGCGUAAUGUGUCAUACAGUAGAUGGCUUUCUUAUAAUGUGUAUUUUUUGCACAGUCUCUGUACAACUAUUCUUGGGCAACUUCACUUUAUGAUUCCACAACACAAUUGGACAACAUUGUUUUCUGAUGCUUCCUGUCCCGAAUGAACGACUCCAUUUCCAUUUCCAUCGUCAUCGUGGCCCUUUUUGACAUUUCUGUCUUGAUUUAUUUUUGGCGUAUAGGGUCUCGCAUUACACUAGGGACCCACUUUAGUUUUUUUUUUUUUUUUUUCAAGGGGGCAGGGUGCGACGCACCUGUUUUUCAAUUGCCCUUUUGACAAAUUUGAGAGGCUCAUUUGUACAUACACCACGUAAAAAAUGUAUGUGAUGUUUGUUUUUAAAAGCAAAUCAAAUUUUAAAAUGACAGGGUAUUCACUGGGUAUUCCUGUGCAGAUUUCCAUAGCUUAAACAGCUUAACCAGCAGUGGUAUGAUUUGCGGUGCAGUGUCGUGGAGAAAAUGAAAUAUGAUCUUUCAGUGUUGGUUUCAAGUCUAAUUGGCCUUUUUAAAACGACGCAAAUAUCGGAGAACUUUGGGAACCGCAUUCCAAAAAGCCUAUCCGACGCUCUAGUUUGUUUACAACUGAUACUAUAUGGAGUUUCUAAGCCAUUAAUUAUCGGUCAUAAAUUGUGGUGUAAGAUCACUAUGUGGCAGUUAAGGGUGGACUGCUACGUUUUUGUUAUCUGUCCUGGGCUCACUAUUUAGCAAACAGCACAUCACUGUAACUGUUAAUGGAGUGUUAACAAACGAAUAAUAAGCAAUUUCCAUGCCGUUUAUUAACCGCUAAUGUAAAAGUACCUAUUUUGCAUAUUGGGGCCCAGUUUGCCCAUCUAAAUUCCCACAAAUAUAUGUCUUGGGAAUUAUGUUUGUCCGCCAGCAUUUCGUUAAUAAUUCUAAACUUGAUUCACCAACCGGGGUUUGAAAACUGCACAUAUUAGUUUCAACGUUUGCAGGUUAUAAAAUUCGAAUACAAUCACUAGGACAUUUUUAUUAAUUAACACCUGUAUAACGUUCGUCUAAUAGCAUGAAGAAUUUUUGUAACGUUUUGGGGGAAACAAUUACAUUAAAAAAAAGCUAACACGACAGAUUCAACUAACAAAAAGAUCCAGUUACCUGCAUUUAACCUUCACAGAUUACCAUAGGACAUAAAGUGAAAGAAACAUCACUUUUAGCAAACACGCAGGUAAUUUUUAUUCAUAUUGUGACAGUGAGUAAAAAUUGACUUUGGCAAUUCAGGCUAACGAUAAGCAACAGACCUACUUCUAAAAUGUCCUCAAAUCUGUUGCUUUGAAUUUUAGUAGCGUUGAAAAAUAAAAAGAUUUGACUAUUAAAAAUCUGAAUUAAAAAUGAAAAAGUCGUGAACAUUGAUGAGGCAGAUUCCUAUCUUGUUAACGUAUGACCUCAUACCUCCAAUGAGCGGGUUCGAGUUGGAGAAAAGCGAAAGCAGUGUUCAAAGAUAGUCAAGUACUGUGAAAAUAGCUCGCGUUGAAGAGAUGCAAUAUUCCCCUCCUCCCCGUGAAUUUUUCCUCUGGCCGUGCAGCCAAAGGUUGACUUUAUAGCGGCGAGCCAUAUUGACUCACAAGCUGCUGCGGGCCCAUUGAGGCGUGUGUCAUGUAGUGCCAGUGGUCACAUGGCUCGGAAUCGACAUGGACCUCACUCACGCACGUCAGCUCACGACGUGCAGGGCUCAGCGCGCCUCACUAAAGUCACUGCAGCUCACUCAGUCAGCAGGAUGACCCCGUGCUGAAAGAGGACAAGAGUAUGGAUUUGGAUGCUUCCAAUAUGUAUCUACCCAGCUGCACUUACUACGUCCCUGGAGCGGAUUUCACGGCUCUUCCGCACUAUCUGGCCCAGGGUCAGCCUUCCUGCCCGGUGGCUUACUCGUACCAGUCGUCGGCCCUUCCUCAGGUUCCAUCCGUGAGAGACGUGGCAUUCAGAGACUUUGCUGUGGACAGCGCGGCGAAAUGGCACCACGGCAGGGGGAAUCUAGCGCACUGCUACGCGGACGACGGCUGGACCGGCCCGACCCCCCGCGGGGUUGACGCUCAGGCGAAAGGCGUCUGCUCUUCGGGCUCCGCCAACGCGCCGGGAGGCUUCCACGGCGGCGCGGCCAGGAACGGCGUCCUACCGCAGGCUUUCGACCAGUUCUUCGACUCGGCCUUCGUCGGCCAGGAACACGGAGCUGCCGCGCCUGGCCAGGACAGGCUUUGCGCGGUCAAGUCCAGCCCCGCGCCAGCUCCUCAAGCUCCGGGCUCGGACACGGCGGAGAGCUGCAGCCCCAAAUCGUCCCCCGGCCUCGGCGAAGACAGGAGCGCAAAGGGCGGCAGUGACCAGAAGACGCGCAAGAAGAGAUGUCCAUACUCCAAGUAUCAAAUCAGGGAGCUGGAGAGGGAAUUCUUCUUCAGCGUGUACAUCAACAAGGAGAAGCGGCUGCAGCUUUCCCGGAUGCUCAACUUGACUGACCGACAGGUGAAAAUCUGGUUUCAGAACAGGAGGAUGAAGGAGAAGAAACUCAACAGGGACCGUUUACAGUACUACACCAGCAACCCUCUGCUAUAAAAA